AUGCAACUGAACAAUAAUGUGGCUGAGUUUAUUCUGCUUGGGUUAACCCAGGAUCCCAUUAGGAAGAAAGUAGUGUUUGUCACAUUCUUGCUUUUAUAUUUGGGGACAUUACUGGGUAACAUGCUGAUUAUUAUUACCAUCAAGACCAGUCCAGCACUUGGGAGCCCAGUGUAUUUCUUUGUUUUCCAUUUAUCUUUAUCUGAUACCUGUUUCUCUACAUGCAUAGCCCCUAGGAUGAUUGCAGAUGUCCUUUUGAAGAAUGCUACUAUCUCUUUCAACGAGUGCAUGACCCAAGUUUUUACAUCUCAUUUCUUUGGCUGUCUGGAAAUCUUCAUCCUCGUCCUCAUGGCUGUUGACUGCUAUGUGGCCAACUGUAAGGCUCUACACUACAGGACCAUGAUGAGUCAUCAAGUUUGUGGUGUGUUGGUGGCUGUGGCCUGGGUGGGGUCCAUUGUGCAUUCUUCAGCUAAGGUUUUUCUGGCCCUGAGUUUACCUUUCUGUGGUCCCAAUGUGAUUGAUCCCUAUUUUUGUGACUUGAAACCUUUGUUGAAACUUGCCUGUACAGACACUUAUGUGACCAACCUACUCUUGGUGUCCAACAGCGGGGCCAUCUGUACAGUGAGUUCUGUCAUGCUGAUGUCUUCUUAUAUUGUUGUCUUACAUUAUCUGAGAAACCACAACACUGAAGGGAGGAAAAAAGCCCUCUCCACCUGUGCCUCCCACAUCAUUAUGGCCAUUUUGUUCUUUGGUCCUUGCAUAUUUAUGUACACACGUCCUGCAACCACCUUCUCCAAGGAUAAAAUGAUAGCUGUAUUUUAUACAAUUGGAACACCUUUGUUCAACCCUCUAAUUUAUAUACUGAGGAAUGCAGAAGUAAAAAAUGCCAUAAAGAUGUUAUGGAGCAAGAAGUUGAUUUCAGAUGACAAAAGAUAA